AUUCUCUGCCGUGUUAAGGAACGGAUGACGAGGAAACGAGGACCAAGGUUGGGGUCGCCUUCUUCGCUUCCUCUCCUGCACCCGGAAUUCACGCUCACCAUUUUUGCACCUCCGGGAACUCCACUUCCCGGAACUCCACUUCGGCUUCGCGUCCUCCUUCGUAUACAGAGGGUUCGAGAGAGUUCCAGAGGGUUCGAGAGAGAUCGCGAGAGAGAGAGAGAGAGGGAGAGAUGAUCCCCUUCUCCGCGGCGCCCACGAAGGAGAACAAGGGUCGAUCGCUGUGGCUCCUCCUCGUGCGCGCGAAGCUUGGGCUCCCUGUCGUUGUCCUCUCCUGCUCCAUCUUCUUCCUCGUCGGCUUCUUCGGAGCCACGCUGCUAUCGCAGGAUGCUUCGGAGGAGGCUUUGCCGCGAGAGAGGUUGACGGAAGUGAACGGGGAAGUGGAGUCCGAGUGGCCCGCGAUGCCCUACGGGGAUACGGGGGAUCCUCGCCCUAUUUUGAUUCCUUUCCAGGUCUUGAGCUGGAAGCCUCGUGCAUUAUAUUUUCCACAAUUUGCCACUGCCGAACAGUGCCAAACUGUAGUAAAAAUUGCUAAAUCAAGACUUGCACCGUCAACAUUGGCUUUACGGAAGGGAGAAACAGAACAGACUACUAAGGGAAUAAGAACAAGUUCAGGAACAUUUCUCAGUGCCGCUGACGAUCCAAGUGGAGCUUUGGGACAAAUUGAAGAGAAGAUAGCCAGGGCUACAAUGAUACCAAGAGAGAAUGGAGAGGCAUUCAAUGUUCUACGCUAUGAGAUCGGGCAGCGGUAUGCUUCUCACUAUGACGCAUUCAACCCAGCUGAAUAUGGCCCUCAGAAGAGCCAAAGGGUAGCUUCUUUUUUACUGUAUCUUUCGGAUGUUGAGGAAGGAGGAGAAACCAUGUUUCCUUUUGAGAAUGGCGCGAACAUGGAUAUUGGUUAUGAUUACGAGAAGUGCAUUGGUUUGAGAGUAAAACCACGAAAAGGCGACGGCCUAUUAUUCUAUUCCCUCUUCCUUAAUGGCACAAUUGACCCGAUGUCGCUUCAUGGUAGCUGUCCGGUGAUCAAGGGGGAGAAGUGGGUAGCAACAAAGUGGCUUCGAGAUAAAAGCCGCGACAUGAUGUAGAUGGUGAAUGUUUAAUUCAACACCGUGUGUGCACCUCUAACUACGAAAUUUUGUAACCUAUUAUAGGUACAUGAUUAAAUUACAGGAAACACGAACUGCUCUCUAUUUGCCCAAUUUUCUGAAGUUAAAAGCAUAUUACAUCUUUCAAACGCUACAAAGAA